UUGGUGUUGAAACCAGUUGAGUGAGCAGACGUCAAGAUGCUUAAGUUCAUCGUAUUAUUUUCCUGCUGCGUCGUGUUAUCUGCCGCAUAUACAACUAAAGGUAAAGAUCUAAAAUGUGGGAAACACGAAGAAGUACUGUGUUUGCACCCAUGCCCGCCUGUGACGACUUGUCAAAACUUGUACGUCGCAGUGUCUUGUGUAACGCCCACCGAACCAUGUGAAAACCAAUGUGUCUGCAAAGAUGGCCGCGUGAGGAACGCUAAGAAUGAAUGUGUACCUGUUGAAAAGUGUGAACCAAUAUGUCCAGGUCCGAACGAAGUGUACACGACCUGUAAAAAGUCCUGUCCUCCAGAAACAUGUGUCUCCCUCGUAGUCAAGUUCAGCUGUGAUGUCAAUGAACCCUGUCAAAAUGACUGCGUCUGUAAGCCAGGGUUUUUAAGGAAAUCUCUGGGAUCUCCUUGUGUUCCUAUCUGUCAAUGUCCUGAGAUGAAGUACUCUCCAGAUUGUAAAAAUAAUUAGGAAUUGAGAAGAAGAAGGUCAAACGAUUUAUCACCUUCCAGUAUUUUGUUUGAAUCAUUAAUGCAUUUAUUGAUUUGACAUUUCAGAAUAAGUCACAAUUAUCAAUUAUUAAAUAAAUAUUUAACCACUGAAUUAAUAUUAUUAUUGUCUUGUCUUUUGAUUAAUUAAAGACAUCGCCAUGUGAAAUUGUUUCAGGAAAUUGAUUAAGCUACUUAUAAGCAACGUCUGCAAGAUCUAUACCAUUAGCAAUUG